AUGGCAGCCGUUGUUGCCAGUAAACUCAAAGGUCAUCUGCGUGAAACACACAUCUUUGAUGUACGUGAGCCGCAAGAGGUGAAGGCUAGUGGAGCGAUUCCUCUCUCAAUUAAUGUACCACUAGACCUGCUGGAGAAGGCGUUGGAGAGAGAACAGGAAUUUUUUCUUCGAAGCUUUGAUGCCCCUAAGCCACCGCCCAGUGACACCUUGAUAAUGUACUGCAAGAAAGGUACUCGCGCAGAGAAGGCAGCAGAUAUUGCGCUGCGAUGUGGAUAUAAAAAAACCAAAGUCUACCCUGGAGGUUGGGAUGAGUGGUCAAGGCUCACAAAGGAGUAA